GUGACGAUCGAGCUCAUCAGCGACACGAUGUGACCCAACGGCUUCAUCGGCAAGCGGCACCUCCAGAACGCCAUGGCCGAGGUCCACGCGAACCCGCUCGGCGCCGAGCCGCUGGGCUUCACCGUGCUGCGCGUGCCGUUCUUCCUCGAGCCGGACUACCCGGAGGGCGAGGCGUUCGAGGAGACGAACCGGGUCCGUUUGGUGAGAAAGUGGGGCGGCCAGGCGGGCUGGGACGCCCAGAAGAAGCGCCACGACCUCAAGGGCCGGGGGCGGGCCGUGGGCAUCGAGAAGUUCAACCUGGACCGCGUCGCGUCGAACACGCUGACGUCGCACCGCCUCGUGCAGUGGGUCACGAAGCACUACGGCGUCAACGCGGCGGAGAAGAUGUACGCGGACCUGAACCACCGCCACUUCGAGCUCGGCAAGAAGCUCAACGACCGCGCCAUGCUGCUCGAGGUCGCCGUCGCGGCGGGCGCGGAGCUCUCGAAAGCGAUGGACUUCCUCGACGACCCGGACGCGGGCCGGGAGGAGAUCACCGCGGCCCAGGCGAAGCUCCGGGAGCUGGGCGUGUCGGGCAUCCCCACGCUCCUCCUGGGCGGCGAGUGGCAGCUGCCGAGCGGCGCGCUGCACGCCGACGACAUCGUCCCCGCGCUCCGGAUGGUCGAGGAGCGCGGCGGCGCGACCGGCAGCUUCUUCGCGGAGACGCUGGGCAUCUCCGACGCCGUGAUGGAGGAGACGCUCCACUUCGCGCCC